GAAAACCCUAGCCGCAUCCACAUAACCUCGCCCGCGCCGCCUCCCCAAGGAGACUCGAUACCUCUCGCUUCCGGCAACGCCUUCACGCUCUCGCUUCCGGUGACGACGCCCGCCACUCCCUCGUCGACGAGAUGACGAAGCGCACCAAGAAGGCAGGAAUCGUUGGCAAAUAUGGUACCAGGUAUGGUGCCAGUUUGCGUAAACAGAUCAAGAAGAUGGAGGUCUCCCAGCACUCCAAGUACUUCUGUGAGUUCUGUGGCAAGUUUGCUGUGAAGAGGAAAGCAGUUGGUAUCUGGGGAUGCAAGGACUGUGGGAAGGUUAAGGCUGGUGGUGCCUACACCAUGAACACUGCCAGUGCGGUCACUGUCAGAAGCACAAUCCGGCGCCUGCGGGAGCAGACCGAAGCAUGAGUAUGGACAGUUUGAAAAGGAAUACCUGGAUUUUGUAGUUCAGCCAAGAGUCGAGAAUUAUGAUGUUGCCAUUUUGCCUAUUUAGCCAAAUGAACAAGAAGAAAUGUUUAUCUAUCUGUAGUUACCUUGAUACUUUGUACUGUUUGGUUUCUCAUGCUAAAUUGAUGGUAUGCAAGUACUUCCAUAAUUGUAUGUU